AUGGAUCAAAUUCAAAGUGUUCCAGGCUUAAAGGAGAUCUUUAUCACAAUAUCAGAGACAUGGCACUUCAUCUUGCCCCUGUCGCUAUUAACCUACUAUGUCGUCUCUACCACGCGAUCAUAUCUACGCCUCCGACACUUCAAGGGGCCGCCACUGGCAGGGCUUUCCAGCUUAUGGAUGAUCCAGUCGGCUGUUCGCAACAGAACAUACUUGAGUCUAUCCGAGGCCUGUGAUAAAUAUGGACCCAUCGCUCGAGUUGGGCCGAACACACUUGUCACCAGCGAUGAAGACCUGAUCAGGAAGAUGUGUGCCGUGCGCUCAACCUAUAGUCGGGGAGAUUGGUAUCGAGCAUUCAAAUUCGACGCUGAUCGAGAGAAUCUUUUCUCCGAGCCCGAUGAAGAAAAGCACAUCAGGAUGAGAAACAGGGUCACGGCUGGAUACUCCGGCAAGGACAAUCCGGACCUCGAACUCGACAUCGAUCGGGUCUUGUGGUCCUUGUUCGACCUGAUCAAACGGAAGUAUAUCAGCGCCGGAUCCAAACUCAAACCGAUGGACUUCGCAAACACAAUGCAGUAUUUCACGCUAGAUGUCAUUACCUCGUUAACGUUGAGCGAACCAUUUGGCUGGGUCAAGGAGGACAAGGACAUGUACGCAUACGUGAAAACCAUGGAGAACAGCAUGCCAGCCAUGAUCUUCAUGUCCGCAGUGCCCAUACUGAGCAAGCUAAUGCGCAUCCCCGCGGUCCAGCGGGCCGUGCUGCCCACAGUCAAAGAUCGAGUCGGCAUGGGCAAGAUCAAAGCGGUGACACGCGACAUCAUCGCACGUCGUUUCGGCGAGAACAAGGAGACCAAAGCCGACAUGACGCAGAGCUUCAUCAAGCACGGCCUGACGCAAGCAGAAAUCGGCGACGAGAACCUGCUCCAGAUCCUGGCCGGCUCCGACACGACCGCGACGAUCCUGCGCUCGGGCCUCUUCCACAUCAUCUCGAACCCACGCGUGUACGCGCGCCUGCAGACCGAAUGCGACGCCGCAGACGUGCCGCUCACGGAGAUCGUCUCGCACCGCCGCGCGCUGGACCUCCCGUUCCUCAAUGCCUGCGUCAAGGAAGCCCUGCGCUACCACCCGGCGGCGACGGGCCUGCUGCCGCGCAAAGUAGGACCGGAAGGUGACGUCCACAACGGCAUCUACCUGCCUCCAGGCACGGAGAUCGGAAUGUGCACGUGGAACAUCUACCGCAAGAACGUCGCGGCAUACGGCGCAGACGCGGGCCUGUUCCGUCCGGAGCGAUGGCUCGAGGCCGAUGCGGAGACAAUGGCGAAGAUGGAGAGGUCGCAUGAUCUCGUGUUUGGCCAUGGUAAGUAUCGGUGCAUGGGGGAGAAGAUCGCCAAGAUUGAAUUGCUCAAGACCAUGUUUGAGUUGAUGAGGCGGUUUGAUUUCAGUUUCGUGGAUCCCACGAAGCCGAUGCGCAGUGUUAACUAUGGCUUGUGGAUUCAAAAGGAUAUGUGGUUGCGAGUCGAGGAACAUGUAAAGCUGCCGUAG